AUGAACUUGAAGACUUCAACAACUCCCUGGCUCUUUGCGUUGCUAUGCGUAUCCCAACUCUUCCAACAGUGCUAUUCAAUUUUCAGCCCAAGAAAACAUUCAGCGUCCAUACCGAUCUGGAGAAGCAUACCUCGUGGCGGAGGCGAAGAUGAAACAGAUACUAGUACGCCUUCCAAUCAGGAUGACGAGAGAUACAGUCGGCAAUUCUACACUCUGGGGGCAAGAGCCCAAAACUUGGUGCGGAGUUCCACAGUUUACAUUGAUGGGCCACCAACUUCAGGUCUCGUCUAUGAAUGUGUCAAAAACUUGGCCUUGUCAGGAGUUGGCGGCAUUGAAAUAUGGACAUCGAACGAUCCAGAACAUGAUCAAGGAUACCAUGAUGAGUCACUGGAUGAUCUUGGCAAAGCAUACUGCCGGGCGGCAUCAAAAGAAUUGGAUCUACAACAAAGCACUGACGAAUCAAACGAGUCCAUUCUGGGGAGAUAUAUUCGAUGCCUAAACCCUACGGUCUCGGUUUCGCAUAGCCAAAGACCAAAUGACUCUGAAGAAGCCGUUCAUGAUGGUCCUGGAGUGCUUUUGUGUAUGGAUCGAUCUUAUGAAACCCAGGUCCGCUUGAAUGAAAUUGCGCGACAACGAAACCUCGCUUUUGUAGCUGUGGAAACAGCAGGGGUGUAUGGUCGAGUCUUUUGUGACUUUGGACCCGACUUUGUCGUCCAUGACAUGGACGGCGAAACCCCGCUUGUCACUCCCUUGGAAACUGUCAAAGUGCAAGGCGGGGAGCUUCUGGUUAGAGCUAUGGAGACAGAGCGUCACGAUGUUUCAAGUGGGGACAUUGUUCAGUUUCAAAUGAGUGAUGGAAGCAUCGUGCCUCAACAAUUCACGGUUGUCAAGGUCUUGUCACCACAACAAAUCAUUGUCAAGCUAGUCCGUGACACUGACGAAAACAAAUCGCAUGACUUGGAAGAAGUCCAGAAAGUGAUUGAUGCAAAGGCGGCGUCCUUCUCGCGUAUCAAAAUCCCCGUGAAGUUGUCGUUCUCGCCAUUGCAGGAAGUCACGGCAAAAGCUAGGGAGUGUGUCAAAAUGCAGGAAACAGCGGCGAAGGACAAGAAAAAGCAGGACGGACAAUAUUAUCUGGGCAACCUCUUCUCACCUUGUGACUUUGAUAAGAGUUCAGACGUAAAAAGACUGAAGUCUGUCUUGUCUUGUUUUCAAGCGCUGUCUGCCUUUUCAGACACUCACCAAAGCUUACCCACAUUAACGGACGUGCUGGAGUUUCAACAGCUGGCAACAGAGUCACUAGGUGCCCAGAUGUUGGAAACCAAACAUGUUCAAAACUUUUUGGGUACUUGUGCCGGCAAGUUAGGUCCCCUGCAGGCCAUGUUUGGGGCCCUUGGUGCGCAGGAAGUCUUGAAGAGCGUCACGGGCUUGUACAAUCCAGUUCAGCAGAUUCUUCUCUAUGAUUGUGACGAGCUCCUGUCAGAGGAGAAUGACGCAAACCGCACCCCUUCUUCAAAAUCUGGACUUUCUUACAUCCUUGGUAGAAAGUUGGAGGAGAAAGUAAAGUCAACACGGCUUUUCGUUGUCGGUGCUGGUGCAAUAGGCUGUGAGUUGUUGAAAAACCUGGCGGCAAUUGGUGCCGCAACAGGGAAGAAUGGAUGCAUUUCGCUAACAGAUAUGGAUACCAUUGAAAAGUCUAAUUUGAGUCGCCAGCUACUCUUUCGAGAAUCAAAUAUUGGAGACUUCAAGAGCGUCGCUGCGCGAGCUGCAAUCCUCCGCUUCAAUCCUGCCACACAGAUCUUCACCCACACCAGCAAAGUAGGUGAAGAGAGUGAUGGUCCAUUUGGGGAAGAGUUUUGGUCUUCAAAUGCUGACAUGGUUCUGAAUGCGCUUGAUAACAUGGAAGCGCGACUUUUCAUGGAUCAAAAAUGUGUAGUACACCAAAAGGCCAUGGUUGACGCUGGGACGUUGGGCCCAAAGGGGAAUGUUCAAGUCGUGGUGCCUCACCAAAGUGAAUCGUACGGCUCUAGUGUAGAUCCACCAGAAUCCGAGAUUCCAGUUUGCACUUUGAAGAACUUUCCUUACGCCAUUGCGCACACAAUUCAAUGGGGAAGGGACCUGUUCGAUGGUCUCUACAACCGUCGGCCAAAGCAAACGAACGAUUUUUCCGAGAAAGCUCUGUCCGAUAGUGUAAGCCAUUUCGCGGAAUCUUUGAUACGUGACAGCGGAGAAGAGGCCGCCAUCGAAGCUGCCACUGAACUCGCCCAGGACUUGUUGUUCGCAUCGACAUCGCCGCAAUCUCGAGGCGAGGUGCGAGAGAAUGCCAUACGAUGGGCCGUUCAUUUAGCAACUCAGUUGUUCCAUGACGCAAUCGAGGAUCUAUUGAAUGAACAUCCAGUGGAUAGCCUGGACGAUGACGACGAACGUUUCUGGAGCGGUACGCGGAAAGUGCCAACUCCAAUCCGUUUCCACGAGUCAACAGACGACGCUAGCAAACUUGCAGCCAAUGAAAACCUGCUGAGUUUUGUCAAGUCUGCGGCUCGACUACGGGUCGAAUCAUUCUACGGUGUCAAUGAUGAUAAUGAUGAUGAUGCAAAUCAAUUUACAGACGAGGAUGCUAAGAAUGCCCUUCGGGAUGCCGUCGGAAAAGAAAGAGACAACGACGACAACGACUCCACGACCGAAGAAAAUAUUUUGCGGAAAGUACAGCCGUUUGCUUCAGGGGAGAAGAGCACGCUCCACUCGGUCGACUUUGAAAAGGAUGAUAACGACAAUGGGCAUGUCGACUUUGUAACCGCUGCCAGCAAUCUGAGAGCGAUCUGUUAUGGAAUUCCCCCGGUGGAUGCAAUGGAAACGCGACGAGUUGCUGGCAAGAUCAUACCUGCCAUGAUCACAACGACUGCCGUAGUGUCGGCUCUGUCCACCCUAGAAAUGCUCAAACUCCUUCAGGGUGCUCCAUUGACCCAGUAUCGCAAUGCAUUUAUCAACCUUGCCAUUCCACUCUUGGCCUUUACAGUCCCUUUGCCUGCAGAGGAGGUGCCUGGGCCGGGAGGAACGAAGUUCACCGUUUGGGACAGCAUUGUCGUCAAGGAAAAGACGCAUCCAUCGAACAGCGAUGGCGGAAUGACGCUAAAGCGGUUCAUUAGGCAACUGAGAAAGGCACUUGGUGGAACCCACAGUGGUUUUGAAAUAUCGUCUGUGACUAUGGGAGAACUGUUGAUAUAUGCCAACUUUCUGCAUGGGGAGGACGAGACGAUUCUGAGCCAAUCAGUUUGGGAUUUGGCAAACGCAGCGCUGAGCGAGGAAGGAGGCACCCCAGCAAGUGACACCAGGCUAGAGCUUCGUGUCACCGUUGAAGACACAACCAACGGCGAAGACUACGAACUGCCUCUUGUGCGGCUACACAAGGAGGAGCUUGAGCAAAAAUAG